CGCAAAGGAAACAGAUAAAUGAGUUCCAUCGAUGAGCACGUAGUUCACGACGGCAAGGGCAAGGCGCGUACGACGCGAUGCCGCCACUGCAACAAAGUGUUCACCACUAGGAGCAAGGAGCGCUGGUGUAAGCACAUGCGAGGCUGCUACAGUUUGCCGCCUCAGGUUCGUCAGUACUUCUCCGGCUACGAGCACAAACGGUAUGCGCGAAGGUCAUGGGGUCUAUCGGAAGGAGCAUAUGACGCGGUGUCUGAGCCACCGACAAGUCCUGUGCGCAAUUUGGACCCCGAAAUGGCGCCAGGCAAUACCGAAACGUCAAUUUCGGAUGGUAUUAGUGUCAAUGCUACUCCUUCUGGUCCUGUCGCUACAAGCACCGAAAACUCUUCCCCGCCUGCGGAAAAUAGUCUGCUCAGGGCUGCAGAAACCACACUCGACUCUGAUACAGCAACGGAUUUCUUGCACCGAUCUUGCGACGGAAUUACAGAGGUUCUGUUGAUUCACGGGCCCUGCAGCUUUACGAGGAGCUCGUGGACAGGGGGCGAUAUUACCAAGGCCGAGUUGCUGCGGGAGGUGCAGGACUUGGCGGUAGAUGAAGAGAUCUCACUCAUCACGCACGAUUCCAACCACGAAGGUGUCAUCCUUGACUGGUUGCUCAAUGCCAAGGAGAACGAGAUCAUCGUGCUGUGUUGGGUUGGGAGUCUCUCCGACUCACCAACCAUCCUCCGUGCUUUGGAGCUUGUCAACAACCGUGUCAUCGUCGUGAGUCCCAUAGGGAUACAUCACGGUACCCUGCCCUCUACAGUCGUUGGAGUACUGUCGGGUAGGUGCCUCAAUUUGCGAACGGCUCGUCGACUAUGUUAGGUCAUUGAAGCUAAGUAUUUGAUGUAUCUCGCAGGCUUUGGGCAGCUAUCAUUCAGUUUGGCCCUAGCUGCAGCAAAGAAUAUUAAUGCCCAGCGGUAGAUCGCUGGCACAUAGUUUUCGCAAUGAGAGCUCGUUAGCAUCAUCCAGCCGCGCUGUCGCAGCUUCGUAUGCACGCAUGGACACGAUGCCUCUCACUUGGACAGCACAGUGCGCACAUGAAUGCCUCCUUGGGUAUGCUGCAUGCACAGAAUAUAACAUGUAUAUGCGGGUGAGCAACGAGUCUACCUUGAGCUGAGUGAUCUUCGACGUG